AUGGACGGUCGCGACGCUUCGAGUCGCGGAGCGCAUGCGGAGAACCGUGCGAACGCCCCCGUGAAUCACGCGACACCUACAGUCCCUGUCGAGACUCAGAGAGCGCCAUUGUCACUACGUGUAGAUGGUUUGAGCGCCGUUGCUGUCGCUUCUGGCGAGGGCGACUCGACCCCAACCUAUAUCGAAUCGGAGCGCGGUAGUGUUACUUCGGAUGGUCGACGACCUGACCUUUACUCCGCUAGUACCGUCACAGACUCCCUGUCCAGUCUUCCUUCGUCCAAUGAUACCAGCCGAUUUUCAGAACUUGGCAACUCGUAUACGUCGAAUGAACAUGGGUCAGUACCACAAAACGAUCAAAAGUCUUUACAAUCGGCAAUGGCGCCGCAGACACAGCCGGUGAAUGGGAAUGUCGCAGAACGGUGGCAGCCCUCACUACCAACAAUAAAGGCUGGCAAUGGGUCACCUCCAUGCUUGCCAAAGCAUUCGCGCACAAAGUCGAACUUUGAUGGGCUGGCUCCAGGGCAGAAAAGAACAGCAACUGGGGAUAUCAAGCCCGUUUCAUUAGAUCCCCCCGCGACCCACAGUGAUGCGAAUGGAGCUACGCGGCGACGUUCAAAAAGCACUGGCUCGUCGGUUUACGGAAGUAGGAUUGCGCAGCUAUCGGUUCACAUCCGUACGCGUCUAUCAUACGCGGCGGCAAAAGUGGAGAAAGAGAAAGAGAAAGCCCGACUAUCACUUGAAGCUGGCCCUCACCCCACACUCCGCACAUAUCACAGCGCAUCUCCAUUGAGCACCGCACCAAGUGACGUUGCAUCAGCACCAGAAAUAGACCCGCCAUUUCUUUCACACCAAAGCUCCAGCUCCUCCAACGGAAACUCCAAUUGUUUCCCGAGUCAUAACCGCUCACGAUCAGCAUUCUCAUCUCCUAACCUCCUAUCAAUUCCUAAACUAGCACCUCCUGUUGAUAUCAUCUCAUCUAAUGGCGACAACCGACGCCGUCGACCAAACCCUAAUGCUAUCUCAAACCCUCUUAAUCACAGCCCCGUCCGCCGUCACCGACGGCACCAUUCACACCAGGAGCACGGACUAAACCGUCCAGUCCUAGGUUCUGAAACUCCCUCCCUCUCAUCAACCACACAUGCACCAACUUCCACCCCGAACGGGUUCUAUCGACCCCGCACCAAUUCCCAAAACACAUCAAUGGAACAAGACGCCAUUGAAACCCUCAUGUUCAUGUCCAGUCCCGAGAACUCAGGAUACCGCUUCAGUCCUCGGCCACUACAAGCCGCAAGCACACAAAGCAGUCUAAACGAAUCAAUCAACACCAGCAAUGGCACCACUCACAAUGGAAGCCAAGGCUCGCAAAGCUCCGGCUCCUACAGUGGCCGUGGAUACGAAACGAAAUCGGGACUGGAAGCCCAUGCCGGCGAUGACAUUGAUCGCCUUUUGGAUCAGAUGGAUAGUGAUAGCGAGGAUGAGGGGCGGUAUGCGUCUUACCGUCCAGCUAUUAGUGGCGCACAUCCUUUCAGAGGACAUUAUGGACGCCAGAGAUAA